AUGCCGCCACGACAGAAACCAAGGGGUGUUAGCUCUAGGCCGACAAGGGCUGAUGUUGGUGAAAACUCUCGCUCCAAUCCGGCGGAGCAAAAUGAAGAGGAUACACUUCUUAGGGAUUUGAUUAUCCUAAGAGGUUUUUCUAUCAGAAAGGAUGAUGUUGAAGCAACCGUUGAAGAGGGUGAAGGUUCGGCAGAACUAGCAUUGAACCGUGGUGCAGAUCCCAUGAUAGAGGAUGACUACAUGGAUCAAAUGGAAACCCAUUUGACUUCUAUGGAUGUGACGGAUGAUUAUGUAAAAAUCAUCCUAGCCACUUAUAAGUUUACCAAGGAUGCUAAGUUUUGGUGGAAGUCGGUCACCAAUCGGCACAAGGUGGAGGAAAUAAGUUGGGACAUGUUUAAAGAAUUGUUCUACGAGAAGUAUUUUCCAGUCCCCAAGAGAUGGGAGCUGAGAGAUCAGUUUAAUGGCCUAUCUAAGUCAGGUGUUCAGGUUGGUAGUUCUCAAGCACAGGCACCACAGGGACGUGUCUUCAUGAUUGCUCAGACUGAUGCAUCUUCUGGUCCAUCAGUUCUCCGAGGGUUAGAGAUCAGUUUCAUGGAUCGGGCGUUGUGUGUUAAUACGCCAGUUGGGUUUGUGGUAGUUUUUGUGGAUGACAUACUUGUGUACUCGCAGACACAGGAGGAGUACGAGAAGGUGAAGUUUUUGGGGCACGUUGUCUCAGAAGGUGGAGUGUCAGUAGAUCCAUCAAAUAUAGAAGCGGUUUUGAAUUGGGAGCAACCCAAAAAUGCUUUUAAGAUCCAAAGUUUCCUCGGCCUAGCAGGUUACUAUCGAAGAUUUGUGAAAGAUUUCUCCCGUUUGGCAGUACCUAUGACUCGCUUGACUCGGAAAGGGAUCAAGUUUGUGUGGAAUGAAGCCUUUGAGUUAUCCUUUCAAGAGUUGAAGAUAAGGUAG